UAUAAAAACACGAGCGCGACUGUCCCUUUCCACCUUCAGCCAUUUUACAAAAUGCUGGCUUCCGUGGGACGGUGCUGCACCGGUGCGCUUCAGGCGCUGAAGCCUGGGGUUAACCCGCUGAAAGUCUUUAGUGGAGCCCCUGCAGCUCUGUGCUCACGCCGGGAUUAUGCUGCAGCCGCUGCUCCUUCUGCCAAGCCGUCGACUGCCAAUGGCCGCAUCGUCGCAGUUAUUGGUGCUGUCGUAGAUGUCCAGUUCGAUGAAGGUCUGCCUCCUAUCCUCAAUGCGCUGGAAGUUUCUGGUCGUGAGACCAGGCUGGUGCUGGAGGUUGCACAGCAUCUUGGUGAGAACACUGUGCGUACCAUAGCUAUGGAUGGUACUGAAGGUCUGGUGCGUGGACAGAAGGUCAUCGAUACUGGCGCCCCCAUUAGAAUUCCUGUCGGCCCAGAGACACUGGGUAGGAUUAUGAAUGUCAUCGGGGAGCCAAUUGAUGAGAGGGGACCAAUUACCACCAAACAAACUGCUCCCAUCCAUGCUGAAGCCCCUGAGUUUACUGACAUGAGUGUGGAGCAAGAGAUCUUGGUGACUGGUAUCAAGGUGGUUGACUUGCUUGCUCCUUACGCCAAGGGCGGUAAAAUCGGCUUGUUUGGUGGUGCUGGUGUGGGUAAGACUGUGCUUAUCAUGGAGCUGAUCAACAAUGUGGCCAAAGCCCAUGGCGGAUACUCUGUGUUUGCUGGAGUAGGAGAGCGCACCCGUGAAGGGAAUGACUUGUACCAUGAAAUGAUUGAAUCUGGUGUCAUCAACCUUAAGGAUACUACUUCAAAGGUAGCGCUGGUGUACGGUCAGAUGAACGAGCCCCCCGGUGCCCGCGCGAGAGUGGCUUUGACUGGUCUUACCGUUGCCGAGUAUUUCCGCGAUCAAGAGGGGCAGGACGUCCUGCUUUUCAUUGACAACAUCUUCAGAUUCACCCAGGCUGGUUCUGAGGUAUCUGCCCUAUUGGGUCGCAUUCCCUCUGCUGUGGGUUACCAGCCCACACUAGCUACUGACAUGGGUACAAUGCAGGAACGAAUCACUACCACCAAGAAGGGUUCCAUCACCUCUGUGCAGGCCAUCUACGUGCCAGCUGAUGACUUGACUGACCCUGCCCCGGCCACUACCUUCGCCCACUUGGAUGCCACCACUGUGCUGUCUCGCGCUAUCGCUGAGCUGGGCAUCUAUCCUGCUGUGGACCCGCUGGACUCCACCUCCCGCAUCAUGGACCCGAACAUUGUUGGGGCUGAGCACUAUGACGUCGCCCGUGGAGUGCAGAAGAUCCUCCAGGACUACAAAUCCCUUCAGGAUAUCAUUGCUAUCCUGGGCAUGGAUGAGUUGUCUGAGGAAGACAAACUGACUGUGGCUCGUGCCCGGAAAAUCCAGCGGUUCCUUUCCCAGCCGUUCCAGGUGGCGGAGGUGUUUACUGGUCACUUGGGCAAACUGGUACCCCUGAAAGACACCAUUAAGGGCUUCAAGAGCAUUCUAGCAGGUGAGUAUGACCCCCUGCCUGAACAGGCUUUCUACAUGGUCGGCCCCAUUGAAGAAGUUGUCCAGAAGGCAGAGAAGCUGGCAGAAGAACAUUCAUAAAUCACCUUGGAAGCUUGGAAAGGCUUUGGGGGGUAGAGCACUUGGAUUAUAAUCGUAAAGAUGGUAUCUGUCUUGUCAUCUUCCCGUUUUAUUUAAUGUUUUUCUGUGAAGAUGGAGAUGGAAUAAAGAUCUGGUGACAUGG